UUUCACAUCCGGGGUCAGUGACCAUCCGCCUGUCAGCAGGAGAAAGGUGAAGGUGUGUGUUGAUGUAGUGUACGUGGAGCGCCGUGAUGCCCCUGGAGGUCAGAUGGCCGUUCCCACAGUGCCCCACUUUGGCAUGGAGGCUCUCCGGCUCACUGGUUAUGGGCAUGGUGGGCUCCUAUUCUUACUUCUGGACCAAGUACAUGAACUACUUGACGAUCCACAACCAAGAGGUUUUACUGGACCUGAUUGACCGGCGGCCCUCGGACACGCCCCUCAUCACCGUGUCCAAUCACCAGUCCUGUAUGGACGACCCGCACAUCUGGGGUAUCUUAAAGCUCAGGCAGCUGUGGAGCUUCAACAAGAUGCGCUGGACUCCAGCGGCGUCCGACAUCUGUUUCACAAGAGAGCUGCACUCGAGAUUCUUCAGCCGUGGGAGGUGUGUUCCUGUGGUCAGAGGGGAUGGUGUUUACCAGAAAGGCAUGGAUUUCAUUCUAGAGAAACUGAACCGAGGAGAGUGGGUGCACGUUUUUCCAGAAGGCAAAGUCAACAUGACAGAAGAAUUUAUACGGUUAAAAUGGGGCGUGGGUCGAUUGAUAGCUGACUGCUCCCUAAAUCCCAUCAUCCUGCCGCUGUGGCACGUAGGUUUGAGCGACGUCCUGCCAAACGUGAAGCCCUACAUUCCCCGAGUUGGCAAGAGAAUCACAGUGUUGGUGGGGAAACCGUUCAACCUGAAGGACAUCGUUGAAUCUCUGCGAGCUGAAAACAAGAGCCAGAUGGAAAUGAGGAAGACGUUGACUGACUUCAUCCAGGGGGAGUUUUGGAGCCUGAAGACCCAGGCGGAGGCCCUCCACGGGCAGAUACAGACCAAAUCAUGAGUCCCAGCCAUCCCACUUUAUCCUGCCACACUCCUCACAGCCCAACAUGACUGAAGAUCGUUUACCCCCAAGCCGAGGGUAACACCUUCUCAACUUGAAAUCCACCCACCCACACGACGUGAUUCUUUGUGUUUUGGUCUCUCCUCUCCGCUAUCGUUGAACCUUUCAAACAGAGAAGUCGUUGAGUCUCAAGGUUUGAAUGUGUUGAACAUUUUUUUUGCUGGAUAUUUUGUCGGCUCAGGAUCAAAAACUGAUUCAUGCUGGUGCAACACAAAGAUUUCUAGAAUGGCAGGAGUCAUGUUUUAGUUAAAUACAGAAUCUGCAAAUGUGUGAAAUGGACUAAUGGACUGGAGUUACUUAAAUACAAACCUGUGUGUGAUCUACGGCCAGCCAGUCUGACGCUGAGAGCUCAUUUCAGUCAGUCAGGGAAAAAAAAAAAAGUCAUGAAUGUUUCUCAUUUAACUCGACAUGUGAGCUUCUUAGCUGAGCUUUAGUUAUUCUCCUUCUCAGACACUCAGAGUUUGAGUGAUUCUGCCCGAUGAUUCAAUGCCUCAGGAUUUAUGUGCCGUGCCAAUGCAGGAAGUUGCGUAUACCUUGAAUGCAUCAAGGCCAUUAGGGUGUGAGUGUUAGCAUUUAUAAUUUAAAGGAUUAGAGUUUAAACUAACUUUGUUUUAGUUGCCUCACCAAACUGGAAAUAUAGUUUAUUUUGCAGUUUACAUGCAAGAAAUGUGAAAACGUACAAAUUAGAGUAAAAUAUAUUCAGGGCAUUUACAGAAGUGUCUAAAAUGUUCAUAUUUUCAAGGUGAACAUCACUAAAAGCAGAUGUUUGUUUUCAUACUAAUUAUUAGUAUACAUAAUUAGGGCUGUCAAAGGAUUAAAAAUGUAAAAUUCCAUUAUUUCACAUUUAAAAAUAAAAACUUGAUAGGCUUUUAUUUUGAAA